AUGUCAGAUUACGUGCUGAAACUGGUAAGUGCGACGAACAAUGAGGACCUGAGUGACUACGAUGGAUGUACGGAGGGUGGAGACGCCCUGAAACUCUCCAGGGACCACCUGCUUGCCUCUCCAUAUUCCAUGCUCAUCAGCUGUUACAUCGAAACUGACGAUACCAGUUUUAAAGUAUUCGCUAUUAUAGAAGUUGAGAGCAAUAUAUCAAGCAGGCCAUCCUACUACGACCGCACCUGGGUCAGUCAGAUUCUCUUUAAGUACAAACAAUUCCAGAACGAUUCCAUUAAGUUGUCGUUUGUGGCGAACGCCAUGGAUGCCGGCCACAUCAGCGUUCAAACCGAUGAGGUGGUCAAGGAGGAUCAGUUCAGAUAUCUGGUGAUCAAUCAGUUGUGUUUCAUCAUGUAA